CCCGCGGGCUGGGCUGGGACCGCAGGCCGGCGGCGGGACUCAACCGUUCAAGUAGCACGUCUUUAUUCCGAGCGCACCGUCGCCGAGUCAACAUGGGGUCAGACUGCGUGACUGCCCGCCGGGUGCUGUGGGUGCUCGUGUUCUUCGGCUUCGCCGUCAACUACAUGAUCCGCAUCAACAUCAACAUCGCCAUCGUGGCCAUGGUGCGCGUCCCGAAGGCCAAGGACGGCGCGGCGGCGGUCGUCGGCCAGUGCGUUCUCGAGGAGCAGCUCGCCGCGGCCGCCGCGAACCACUCCACGACCGAGGGCAUGCUGACCCGAUGGAGCUCCACGAUGACGCCCCUCGGCACGCCCGCGCCGCCGGCCGGCCCCGGGGACGGGCUCGACGAGGGCUUCGACUGGGACGAGCGGCAGCAGGGGCUGGUGCUCGGCGCCUUCUUCUGGCUGCACUGGGCGAUGCAGGUGCCCGGCGGCGUCCUGGCGCGCCGUUACGGCACCAAGCUCGUCUUCGGCCUGGCCAACCUGAUCCCGGUGCUACUCACGCUAUUGGUGCCCGUGGUCGCGUACUGGGACUACCGCGCGCUGCUCGCCAUCCGCUUUCUGCAGGGCCUGAUCGCGGGUUUCGCGUGGCCGUCCAUGCACAACAUGACUGCCCAGUGGAUUCCGCCCAACGAGCGAAGCAAGUUUGUCACCGCAUAUUUGGGAAGCUCGGUGGGCGCGGCGUUGACGUUCCCGCUCUGCGGCCAGCUGAUCCACACCUUGGGCUGGGAGUCGGUGUUCUACGUCUGCGGCGCCCUGGGCCUCGCCUGGUACGCCCUCUGGUUCGCCUUCGUGUUCGACUCCCCGUCCAGACACCCGCGCAUUUCCGCGGAGGAGCUCACCUACAUCACCGAGUCGCUGGGGAAGAGCGUCACUCAGAGGCAGAUUCCCACGCCGUGGAGGGCGAUCCUCACGUCCAGGGCCGUCUGGAUGAACAUCGUGGCGCAGUGGGGUGGCGUGUUCGGCCUCUUCACCCUCAUGACGCAGGCGCCCUCCUACUUCCGGUACAUCCACGGCUGGAACAUCCGCAUGACGGGGCUGUUGUCGGGGCUUCCACAUCUCAUGCGCAUGCUGUGGGCGUGGCUCUUCUCCGAGGUGGGCGACUACCUCCUGAGGAAAGGCAUCAUGUCCAGAACCAAUGUGCGCAAGCUGGCCACAUUCUCUUGUGACGUGGUCCAGGGGCUGCUGAUCCUCUUCCUCACGUUCUCCGGCUGCAACGCCAUCGCCGCCAUCGUCUUCCUGACGGCCGCCACCGCGGCCCACGGCUCCGUGUCCACGGGACCCCUUGCCAGCAUGGUCGACAUUAGCCCAAACUUCGCCAGCAUCAUCCUGGGCAUCAGCGGCAUGAUCUCCGUGCUGCCCGGAUUCAUUUCGCCGAUCAUCGUCGGCCAGCUCACGUUCCAAAACCAAACCGUUGAGCAAUGGCAAAAGGUCUUCGGCAUCACGGCCGCCCAGGUCAUCGUGUGCGGCGUGGUGUACUGCCUGUUCGCCCGGUCCGAGCUGCAGCCCUGGAAUUCACCUUUCGGGUCGGACGCUCGCGAGGAGGCGAAAAACGGCGACCGGAACCGGAAUGGCGUGUCCAGGGCUUCCCUGCCGUCCAUCGUAGUCACUGGAUCCGUGCACGAGCUGCAACCACUCAACGAAAAGGGGGAGAUAACAAGACUGUGAAAUUUAUGUUAGAUUUUUAUUUAAAUUGUUUUCUAAUUGUAAAUUGCUUGACCAAAGCAUCUCCCGUCGAAGCGGUAACUACAUUGUAUCUCGACCGCAUGGGGUCUGCGGACUGUUCGGACCCGUGUCGAAGUUGGUACCUAAAUCAGUCUGUGCGGUCGCCAGCUAGGCGGGAGCUGUAAAGUGUACUACAUGUUGACUGGGCUAAUAAAUCUAUCGUCGGGCGCUCAA